CUCUUUUCGCGACUCUAUAUACACAUGAUACACAUAGACUCUGGUUAACGCGAAUAAUAAUCAAAAAUAGUAAACAAGUAGGUAUGCAAAGAAACCAAAAUAUUUAGAUUGAUGUAAGUUUUUAAUUUUCCGCCAAAAAUGGAUGCAACUACUGAUGGUUGUCGACUUUGCUUGGAUCCUGUCGCUGAAAAUUGUUGUUCGUUGCAGAAUCAAGAGUUGAAGGAGAAGCUAGAUAAAGUUUUCAGUUUUCCAAUUGAACUAAAAAAAGGGUGUUCGAAUACAGUAUGCCAAACGUGUUGGAAUACUAUUACUGACUUCUUCCAUUACUCGGAGCAAGUAAGGAUAAAUCAGGAGAAGCUAAAAAUAAAAAUUGAGCCAAAAGAUGAGCUUAUUGAACUUGAGACACAGUAUACCUCUGGUAUCGAAAAUGAGGCAAACGAGUAUAUGUCAAAGAAAGAACCCGGAACAGAAAGUGAAGAUAACAGCGACGGCGAUGAGUCUUUCGCUGCAUCAUUUACCUCGUCUGACGAAGUGCUAGAAGAAUUUGCGGAGAAACCUAGCAGAACAAUGCGGCAAACUAAUAAGAAAACAGUCAAGCAUUGUUCCUUCGAUUCCGAAGUAACAUCUAAAAAAUGGAACAAACCGACAAAGGAAAGGUUAGUACAGAUGGACCAACAAAUUGAUGAAUACUUCAAAAUGGUAUGCGAUAUAUGUGGAGACUUAGCGGAAAGUUUUCCUGCCUUGCAAGAGCAUUUUCAGGAGGUUCAUCAAAAAGUAGGUUACAUUGUAUGUUGUAAGAAAAAACUGUUUGCUCGACGUUACUUAUUUGAACAUCUAACUUUCCACAAAAAUCCCAGUGCAUUCCAAUGUGAAGUGUGUCAAAAAAAUUUCAAAACUAAAGAUUAUAUGAAAAAUCACAUGGCCAACACGCACGCCAUAGGAAAGGUUCGUCAGUACAAGUGUAAUCAUUGUAAGCUAUCCUUCGCAAAACAAGCAAAAUUAGAUGCGCAUUUGCUAACCCACGAAAAAGUACCCUGUCCACACUGCAAAAAACUGUUGAAAGGUGCGUUUAGCUUGAAAGUGCACAUCACUAAUCUGCAUAGCGAUAAGGAUCGACGUAUGAUUUGUGACACUUGUGGUCGUGAGUUUUUGAGCAAACUUUUCUUUGAACGCCACAUACAGGAGCACAUGGGAAUUGACCCGGUUAAGAAAUUUCAGUGUCAAAUCUGUCAAAGCUGGCUCAAGGGGGAACGAGGGCUGCAGGAGCAUAUGCAGCAUUCACACUACGAAAAAUCUCAGACAUUCUUGUGUGAGAUUUGUAACCGAAAGGUGGCCAAUUAUCGAGCCUUGCAAAAGCACAAACGCCGCGUACACGCCGAAAGGAAAUUUGCCUGUGAGUUCUGUGAUCGAAAGUUUAAUCAGCCUAUUGCACUGAAGGAACACAGAGCUGUUCACACCGGUGAAGUUCUAUAUACAUGUGACUACUGCGAAAGAACGUCGAAAAAGAAAUCGAAUCUUUACACACAUGUUAAAAAGGUGCAUCCAGUGGAAUGGGCUGAGAAAAGACGAUUGGACGCCGAGGCAAGAAUUCCAAAGUCAUAGAUCAUCUAGAGCAUCAAAAAGCGUAAUUCACUCCUCAACUCAUUUGAUGUGGAAUGCUGUGACGAUAUAAUCGUGAUGAUAGCGCAUAGAUGUUAGCCCAACCGAAGUUCGAACAUACGAUGACUGACUCGUUAGCAUCAUACCUUGGAGUUUACUAAGGUUUUACUGUGAUUAGUGCUAGUGAAAAUAGUAAUGUGAAGAACUGAACUAACAUACUCUGACUUAUUCCGUCAAAUAUGAUUUCGUUCAAUUCAAUUAUAUAGCAAUAUUUCGAAGAAAUACGCCGUGAUUAAAAACGAUGAUUCUUUUUCAUGUG